AUGUGCAAGGAUAUGCAAGGAAAAUGCAUUGGCAGCUCUCAAGAGAAAGCGACAUUAAAAUAUCGUCCAAUUUACUGCAUAGCACCAAAAGUAACAGAAAGAGACACAACUGCCUGUGUUAAUCAUGAGAACUUUUUAUUUCUGGUUAAAACUCUUCAUGGAAAAAAAUCUUGGAAGAAAAUUCAACUCAUCAAGUUUGAACUACAGUCGAUUUUAAAGCACGAAUUUAACAUACUCCAUCAGUACAACGUCUCGGAAAAUUUAAAAAACAAUUUAAAGGAUAAUGAGUGCUUCAUUUUAGUAGAUUUCAGCGAAAACUAUUCUUGUAAAUACGGAACAGAAGUACAAUCUGUACACUUUGGCGCUAACAGACAACAAUUAACAAUUCACACUGGAAAAAUUUGGACAACAAGAUUUGACACGGGAUUUGCUACAGUUUCUGAAUCGUUGAGGCACGAUGCUGCUGCUGCUGUGAUGGCUCAUCUUCAAAAUAUUGUAGAUUUUUACUUGCCACAACUGGAUAAUGUAAAAACAUUACACUUCAUGAGUGAUGGCCCGACAACUCAGUAUAAAAAUCGGACAAUGUUUUACCUUAUCACGCAACUCCUUCCAAAGUGUUAUUCGCAAAUAAAAAGAAUAACUUACAAUUUUAGUGAAUCCGGGCACGGCAAAGGACCUGCCGAUGGCAUAGGGGCUGCAUUGAAACGUAUCUGUGAUGAUGAAAUAUUGUACGGACGAGAUAUUACUGAUUUAAAUUCAUUUUUACCUGCUGUUACGAAAAAAGCUAAGAAAAUUCACGUUUCAUCUGUCUCCUUAGGAAGGAUCGAAGAGAUUGAUAAAAUAUUAAAGGAUGUAGAGCUUCAAACGUUUGUAGGUACCAGAAAAAUUCAUCAGUAUACUUGGUCAGAAGAAACACGAGAAGUGAUUUAUUUCAAUUCAUUAAGUUGUUUGAAUUGCACACCAGGGACAAUUUGUAAGCAUUUUUCCGAAGGCCAAUUAAAAUAUGAAAGCGAGAACCCAAAUUCGACAAUAAAACGAAAAAAAGAAAAAGUUUCCAAGAGCACUGGAAACAAAUCUAAGGUUAUCUCAUCGAAAACCAAGAGAAGUUUACAAGCUGAACAUGAAAACUCAAAAGACAUGAAAGAUCAAUCGAAUACUUCGGGUUUAAGAAGAAGCUUAAGGUUUUUAUUUUGA